AUGGCUCCCAUCUACAAAAUCGCAACUAUUCAACUUGUUCCCAAGGAUGUCGCUGUUGAAGACAACUUCAACCGAGCCGAGGCCUUCAUUCGACAGGCCGCUACUCAGGGCGCACACCUGGCCGUGCUCCCCGAGUACCACCUAACCUCGUGGUGCCCCGACCACCCCGACUUCAUCGCCGCCUGCGCCGAGUCCGCGACCUAUCUCCCCAGGGCUGCUAUCAACAGCGUGCUCGUGGCGAGGGCGUUUGAGAAUGAGUGCGUGGUGGUGUAUUGUAAUGCGCCGGGGCUGAGUCAGGUGGUGGUGCCGGUGGUGGGGAGGGUUGGAGGGGAGGGGUUGGAGAGGAAUUGGGAAGGGGAUGCGGGUGGUGGAGGUGGAUUUGAGGGGGUGGUGGCGAUUGAGAGGGAGUAUAAGAAAUUGGCGGCUCCUCGUACAAUACAGCAAGCCAUGGACGAUUCUACAAUGGCCACUCUUAAGGCUGACUCUUGGGAACCUGGCCCAGUCUACAAAGAUCUAGGUCCUAUUGACGCCGAAAGCCCCGAGGGCUACCUCCCUGGAGGGUAUUACCCCAUGGAUAUUGGUCGCCAAAUCCGCGAUGGCUCGAAUCUCUACACUGUUAUCCACAAGCUUGGGUUUGGCCGUUCUUCGACUGUCUGGCUAGUAAAACGAGAGCAUGAAAACGACGACAAGACCAGCAAGGUUUCUUUCCAUGCUCUCAAGAUCUUGCGCGCCGACCUCAGCACCCCGGAAACGUACCCUGAGUUGAGAACACUUUGGUCCCUAGAACAGCGACGCAAAGAGAGUCAUCCAGGGCUCAUCCACAUUCAGGACUCGUUCGUUGUCAGCAGUGCUAACGGCGACCACUGCUGCAUCGUCUUACCGUUAUUGGGCCCAAGUCUCUGUGAUAAACGAGUCUUGGAAGCGAUGAGCUGUGACACACGCCAAAGUAGUACAGAUUUAAACCCCCUCAACGUGAGGUUUACAAUACCCAGGAUUGAAAAUAUCUCCGAGGCAUCCCUCCGUGGUAUGCUUCCUGGUGUCGUGAGCCACACAAUCAGACGAGUCGACGGUAGCCCCGUCUCAAAGCACGCUCCCCGUUGCGUUAUCGAAACGGCAAGCUUUCAAAACCUCGAUUUUGACUCUCUCAAAAAAGUCACCAUCAUCAGCUUCGGAAGAGCAUUCACUCAACCCAUGCCGCGGUCACCACUUCAGCAGCGCCCGACCGCUAUGUUACCUCCGGAGCUGCUAUUUGGGCACCUAACCUCUCGGGAAAGCGACAUUUGGCAGCUUGCGUGCCUCUUGUUCUUGGUCCAAACGCGAAAUUUUCCCUUCCUACUCGGUAACGGCUACGAUCAUCCGCUUCGGGAGAUGACAAGACUUUUGGGGCCGAUACCUGACAGCUGGGCUGGGAAGUACCAAUGGAGCAAGUAUAAAAUCGGUGUUCCCCCGCAAACGAUAUGCGACAAGGGUCUUGAGGAGUGGUUCGACAAAAAACAGCCGGCAAAGAGGUUGCAAGAUCAGCUGGGGGAGGUCGAACCUAGAAAGGCUGGAAGCAUGGCGACACUGUUGCGCAAGAUGCUGGCCUGGGAGCCCGAGAAGCGCCCUAGAUCUGGUGAGGUGUACCACGAAGUGCUUCUGCAAAGUACCUAUUGA